AUGCCGCGGCUACGAACAUCACGAUCCACGCCCCCUCCAGAAGGAUUCGAGGAUAUCGAGCAGAUCCUCGACGAAUACGAGCGCAAGAUGCGCGAUGCCGAGGCGGACGACUCGCAGAACAAGCGCAAGGUCGAGACGCUCUGGCCGCUCAUCCAGAUCAACCACACGCGCUCGCGAUACAUCUACGACCUCUUCUACAAGCGCGAAGCCAUCUCGAGAGAGCUAUACGACUGGCUGCUAAAGUACCAAUAUGCAGAUGCAAAGUAA